GGUAGUUUUGGGGGAAUGGGAGGUGGUUAUGGAGGUGGCCUCGGUGGAGGUAGCUUUGGAGGCGGUGGAUAUAGUGGAGGUGGAUUUAGUGGCUUUGGGGGUAGCGAUGGUGGCUUGCUGUCCACGAAUGAGAAGCUGACCAUGCAGAACCUCAAUGAUCGCCUGGCUUCUUAUAUGGAUAAAGUGCGACGUUUGGAGGAAGAAAAUUCCCAACUUGAACAACUGAUCAGGGAGUGGUACAAGAAUCAAGGUCCCACUAGUGCCAGGGACUACAGCCAAUACUACAGAACCAUUGAAGAACUGCAGAACCAGAUUGUUGGUGCAAAUGUGGACCUUAACAAGAUCCUCCUUGACAUCGACAACACCAGAAUGACUGUGGAUGACUUCAGACUGAAGUAUGAAACGGAAUAUACUCUCCACCAGAGUGUGGCAAGUGAUAUCAAUGGCUUACGCCCACUUCUGGAUCAGCUGACUCUAGCCAGGUCUGACUUGGAGACACAGUUUGAAUCCCUCAAAGAGGAACUGAUCUAUCUCAAGAGGAACCAUGAAGAGGAAAUAAAGGGUCUGCAGACACAGACUGGUGGGGAUGUCAGUGUGGAAGUCAAUGCUACUCCUGGCAUCAACCUGAUGGAAAAACUGAAUGAAAUGCGUAGCGAAUAUGAACGACUCAUUGAGAACAACCGAAGAGAGGUGGAAAGCUGGUAUGAAACCAAGAUGGAAGAAGUUAACCAACAAGUCCACUCAAGUGGCCAGGAGAUACAAUCAAGCAACCAACAGAUCUCUGAGCUGAGACGUGAAUAUCAGAGCCUGGAAAUUGAGCUGCAGUCGCAGAUCAGCAUGGUGGACUCUUUGCAGUCCAACCUGGAAGACACGGAACGUCGUUACAACAUGCAGCUGCAGCAGAUCCAGGGGAUGAUUGGUCCCUUGGAGGAGGAGCUGGCCAGCAUCCGCUGUGAGAUGGAGAGUCAGAACGAAGAGUACAAGAUGCUCCUGGGCAUCAAGACCCGCCUGGAGCAGGAGAUUGCUCAGUACCGGGCUCUGCUGGAGGAGGGAAUCCCAGCAGGAGGAAUAGGAGGAGGAAUGGGAGGUGGUAGAAUAGGAGGCGGUGGCUAUUCUGGAGGAGGAGGAAGAGGAGGAUGUGGUAGCAUGAGUGGUGGAUAUGGAGGUGGUGGUAGCAUGAGUGGCGGCGGAAUGGGAGGAGGAAUGGGAGGAGGAUCAGGAGGAGGAAGUGGAGGAAUAGGAGGGGGAAGCGGCGGUGGAUGCAGUAGCAUUGGAGGAGGAGGAGGAGGAGGAAGGAUCUCUGGAGGCGUCAGCAGUUCCCACUCCUACUCUUCAUCUUCCCAGUCUCAGUCCUGCAGGAGUGGCGGUGAAAGCCAAGGUGAGAGCUGUUGUACCUGCACGCUGUUCUCUCAGUCCUGUCCUCACUGGUCCAUGCACUCUAUCAACAGACUGUUCUGGAGGUGAACAGUGCCAAGGAUAAACUGGCAUUCUGGGGAAGUGUUAGAUUUACUUCUAUUAACAGUUCUUCCCUACUUGUGUGCAAAG